GGCCAAUCGCAUUUGUCAUUUCAAAUAACAGGCAAUAUAUUUUUCAAUGGACUAAUCGGUUGGUUAGCUGAACAAGAGAGUGAAAGAGGUCCUUAAUAAUAUGGGCGGAUUUUUUUAAAUUUAUCGAUUAAUCAAUCGUAUUAUGCGCAAAUACAACUUUGUUCUGUAAAAGCUGCAUUGGCAUGUGUGAUUAGGCUUGUUUUCUAUUCCUGCACUAGACUGCACUGGAACGUUCCUUCUUGCUUUCGCUAACUUUGAAACAUCUAUCUAUUUCAUUUUAAGUGUACACUUAUUUAGAGAGUUCAGGAACAGAAAACAAACGGAUUAAUCAAUCGAUGAAGUGAAAAACUUUCUCGCCAAUGAUUGCAGCCAGUAUGAUAUGGGCAUAAGAUUGCUCGUGAUUGCUCGUAAAUGGCGCCAAAACAUCGCUUUCAGACGAUUUGCAACAGGUAGAACAGCGAAGAAACUUUUGGAAGGAAUCAAAUUUGAUUUUUUAGACAAGCAGACGCAACACAGAGAAUCUUGGUCGCGAAAAUUUGUUUCAACGUGAAAAAUGGCUUCUGCCAGAAAUCUGAGGAGAUCCACACGAGUAAAAUCUCACGUGAAAUACAUUGAGGAUAGUGACGAGGGUACACCCGACAACACUCCACAAACUAAUAUAUUGAAGGCCGAGAUAGAAAAGCAGCUUGAAGACAUUGUAGAGGACGUACAGAAACCACUUGAAUUAUUUUCUGAAAAGGAUGUAAGUGGAAGAAAACUAUAUGGAUUUCAAACGCCAUCAAGAAGGAAUAGCAUGAUGAUUAAAGCCAACCAGUGCCGUACACCUGAGACCCCAAAAAGUUUCAAAACACUUCCAGUCCUAAAAAUUGUUCUUGACAAGAUUGUAUCAAGUAAAAAUGAAGCUUCAAACAAUAGCGAUACUGAAGCCAGAGUAUCUCGAAAACGAUAUUUGCCCAAUAUAAAUUCAAGUGGCGACGAAAGCGUGUCAGAAGAUAGCGAAUAUAUUCCUAAUGAAGUUAGUUCAGAAUCUGAUGAAUCUUCUGAUGAAACUUCUGAUAAAAGUGAGGAUAGCGAAAAUUCUGAUGUGAGUGAAGAUGACAAUGCUAGAAGGAAAAUUAAGCAGAGGUUAUCAAAACCUUUGCCAAAACAUGAUGUACAAAAUACACCAAGGAAACCAGGGAGAGGACGCAGGACUGUCGCAUACAAGGAUUAUCAUAUAAAGACUGAUGAAUACUUUGAAUCUCAAUCGGGAAAAACAGUUACGUCUGAUCAUACAUUAGGAAGACUUAAAAAUGCUCGUCUUACCGAAGAUACAUUAGAAGAAUUAUUAACAAAUCAAAAUCACAUUUCUACAAUACAUAAAAAACGCAUUUGCUCGUUGACAGAAAAUUGUAGAUCAUUCUUUCCUAUGUGGCAAUUUAUAUUAGAAGAAGGUUACAGUCUAUUACUUCAUGGAGUAGGCUCGAAACGAAAUUUAAUAAAUGAUUUUCACAAUGAAAUUAUAGCUGAUCAUCCAACAUUGAUUAUAAAUGGAUUUUUUCCUAGCUUAACGCUGAAAGAUAUUCUCGAUAACAUAAUAACGAAUUUGUUAGAUUUAGAUAGUCCAACAAAUCUUAACGAUUGUUUAGAACUUAUAGAAACAGUCAUGAGAGAUAAUCCAGAUGAUCGGCUUUACUUAAUAAUUCAUAAUAUUGAUGGAAUAAUGUUACGUUCGAAUAAAGCUCAAAAUAUGCUUGCUAGUUUAGCAGCUAUUGCUAAUAUUCAUGUCAUAGCAUCUGUCGAUCAUAUAAAUGCACCACUCCUUUGGGAUCAUAUAAAACGCGCCAAGCUCAAUUUUUAUUGGUGGGACGCAACAACAUUAUUGCCAUAUCAAGCGGAAACUUCAUACGAAAGUUCCUUGUUGGUUCAACAAAGCAGUGGACUCGUAUUGUCUUCCCUCCAAAAUGUCUUCCUGUCCCUCACGUCAAACGCUCGAACAAUUUACCUAAUUCUUGUAAAAUAUCAAUUGAGCAAUAGCAGUAGUAAUUUCGCAGGAAUGCUGUUCAAGGAUCUAUAUCGAGCAGCACGUGAACAAUUUCUGGUCAGUUCCGAUUUGGCAUUAAGGGCGCAAUUAACUGAGUUUAUUGAUCAUAAAUUACUACGAACUAAACGCACAGUUGACGGCGCUGAACAUUUAAUAAUUCCCCUUGAUAAGAAUCUCCUUAAACAAUUUCUGGAGCAACAUGGAUCAUGAUUUAGCGACUUAAAAAAAGUAUAUAUUUGUGUGAAAUAUUGUUACAAAAUAGAUAAAGAAAAUAAUUGUUUAACGAUUAUAUAUUAAACGGUUAAUUCCUUCAUUAUAUAAUUCUAAUUUAUCGCAUAUUAUGUGUACGAUAAAUUAUAUAUUAUAUGAUUAUCAUUUAUAUUUUUUUACAUAUUUAUUACAACUAUUUAUAUAAGUCAAUGGAAAUUAAGUUUGUUCGCGUUUUUUACCAUUUUUGCACUCAAUAUCUUCUUUGUCUCUGCUACACUUAAAGAUAUAUUUAUCUCAUUUCAAGUGCAAAAAUUCUUAGUGAUUUCAAGUAAUGAACAAACUUAUUGUCAUUAUGCCUAUGUAAUUAAUCAAUGUAAAUGUACUAUAGCUAAAAAGCUUUCGCAACAUGAUGUUUUAUUAUUACGAAUCAUGAUUAAUUAAACUAAAACUUGUUUAA